AUGUCAUCUGCGGUAGAACCGCCAGAAGUAGAAGAAGCGUUGUACGCCCAAUCAGCUGAAAGUGAUGACCCCAAUCACGAGGAGAUCUUGCAGAGAUGUCUUACCGACAGCAAAUAUAUGUACGAAAGCGUUAUUGUAGCUAGGUUGUGGGAUCUCACACAGCAGAAGCCAUCAACAUCACAUCUUAAACUGGAGUCGAAUGAGAUGACCGACAGCGGCUUCUCGCGAAGCACUCGAUCGAAGCACAGCCAUGAACCACGAUCUUUGUUUGACUCUGCUAUUGGUGGUGAACUGUUCUCGAGUGAAGAUGAGUCCGUUGAUAAACCUGGAAGCUUGUUCGACAGUAUAAGAUUUUCUCAACGGGUUGGAAAGGAUGCAUAUCUUACUGUUACGAUGGCAAGAAACUCCUGUGACGAAAUUUUAUAG